AAGAAACUGCCGAUUUGUUUCUGCCUCCGCCGGGGAUAGAACCCAGGCCCUUAGGACUACGACCCUCAGAGUGCUGACUACUCAGCCGCGAGGCCCCUGCUUCCUAUGAUGCUUCAACUAUGAAUUUUAAAUACUUACUAACCCCAACCUAACCUUGAGAUAUAGACAAUUUUGAGUUAGGAAAGAAGUCUUGGAGCUGUGUGUGAAUUACAGCUGUAUUAUACUGUAACCCAUGCUCGCUCUUUGCUCAAAUUGUAUACUGCUGCGUCAACUAAACUUUUCUUAAUUAUUUACUUGUAUAAAGUAAGUUGUCAGAAGAUUCUAGCAUGGGUUGGGUUGUUAGGUUAAGUUAGGUUAGAUUGGUUUAGAUUACGCUAGGUUAGUUUGGGUUUCGACAGGUUGUGUUUGGUUAGGCUAAGCAAGGUAGGUUUUCGUAAGAAAAUUAGUAGAAGUCAUGAGGAGGAUUCGAACCCUCACACUUAGUACUGCAAAGCACACGCCUUAGACCACUACACCAUGACAUGGAUGGAGUUGAUGCUUAGUAAACUAAGAUCCAGUGUAAGCAGCGCUGCCACAAGUGCUGUGUCUAAUGCUGUUCAAAUUGCUUCACAAGUGUCAAACUACCUACCUGGCAACCCAGUAACAAGGGAAUUUGAAGCAACUGCGCACAUAGCAUCAGCUGGACCUGGUUUAGUUUGGAAAGUGUACAAAGGGUAUAAGAAGUCAACAAAGCAGGAAGCGGCCAUAUUUGUGUUCGAAAAGCGUCAAGUAGAUAAGUGGGAUAAGCAAGAGAGAGAGUCCAUGUUGGAAAAGUUACGAAAAGGUGUAUCACAGCUUACACGGUUAAGGCAUCCACAGGUCCUUACAGUUCAACAUCCCCUUGAAGAAUCAAGAGAAACAUUAGCAUUUGCAACUGAGCCAGUGUUUGCAUCACUAGCAAAUGUUCUUGGAAAUACAGAUAAUAUGCCUGCACCUCCACCACCCACGCUAAAAAAUUACAAACUUUAUGAUGUCGAGAUAAAGUAUGGUUUGAUGCAGGUUAGUGAAGGGUUGGCAUUUUUGCAUAAUUCUGUGAAGAUUGUUCACUGUAAUGUCUGCCCUGAGAAUGUUGUACUGAAUCAUCAAGGAGCCUGGAAGCUCUUUGGAUUUGACUUCUGUGUGGCCAAUCAAGCUGCUGCUGAUCAGUCUCCGUUUUGGCCAUUUGAAGAGUAUGACCCUAGACGACACCCCAACUGCCAACCCCAUCUUGACUAUUUGGCACCCGAGUACGCACUCACCCACACUCUGGAUACAGCAGCUGACCUCUUUCCAUUGGGGGUCAUUAUCUAUGCACUCUUUAAUGAAGGAAGACCUAUCUUCCACAACAAUCAAGACUUUGCAACUUUUAAGAGAAACUGUUGUGAGUUGAAGAAUACAAACUCACUGAACCUGCUGUCAAUUCCGGAUGGUUUGAGGGAUCAAGUGCGGCUGCUGCUUCAUGCUACACCCCAGUUACGACCAGAUGCAAUGCAAUUCUCCAAGAUAUCAUAUUUUGAAGAUGUUGGGGUUAAAACAUUAAGCUACCUUGACCAGAUGUUUCAGUGGGAUAACAUGCAAAAAUCUCGGUUCUAUAAAAGCUUACCCCAGAUCAUUCCUCAAAUUCCACACCGGGUAUGUGUACUGAGAAUUGUCCCUUGCCUGAUGAAAGAGUGUAUCAAUGUGACUAUGGUACCUUUUGUUCUUCCUGUCAUCUUGUUAGUAGCCGAAAAUGCAAGUAAAGAAGAAUUUGUGGAACACAUCCUCCCUCACUUGAAACCAAUCAUGAAGCUCUCGGAACCAGUACAGAUUAUGUUGCAACUGAUGCAAAAGAUGGAGUUACUCCUUAGUAAAACUCCAGCCGAGGAUGUGCGUAGUGAUGUCUUGCCACUGUUGUAUCGUGCUUUGGAAUGUGACACCCAGCAGAUCCAAGAGUUGUGUCUAAGUGUCAUACCAUCAUGUGCACAGCUUGUAGAAAACCAUGCCAUGAAGAAUGCCCUUCUUCCCAAAAUUAAAAAGCUAUGUCUGGGAACUGGAUAUCUCUCAGUUAGAGUCAAUUGUCUGGUUUGUGUGGGCAAGAUACUGGAACACCUUGACAAGUGGCUGGUUAUGGAUGAUAUUUUUCCAUUUCUAGAGCAAAUACCAUCACGGGAAUCACCGGUAGUCAUGGCUAUUGUUGGUAUCUUCAAAGUUGCUCUGAAUCAUAAGAAGUUAGGCAUCACUAAAGAAGUAUUAGCAACGAAGGUUCUUCCAUUCCUGUUUCCUCUCAGCAUUGAGAACUCUCUCACCCCUUCUCAGCAUUCAGCAAUAAUGACACUUAUCAAGGAAAUGACAGAUAUAGUUGAAGCAGAACACAGAAUAAAGCUGGAACAGUUGAACUCUAUAAAGGUUGAACAGAAUGCACUUCAGAUGGCAAUGCCAACAAGUAUAUCAGGAAGCAAUAGCACAAGCAAUGGAUCGGUGGUCUCGGCAGUUGAUGCAACAACAGAUAUGUUUUCUGAGCUGGGGCUAAACUCGUUCAUGAAAAGAGAGUCCGGGACCAGCCCAAAGCCUCAUAAUUUAGUGCCAAGUUCUCAUCCAAAGCCUGAUGUGGUUCCACUUACUUUGGAGGACAAGCAGAAGCUGGUUAAGGAGCAAGGCUUACGUAGCACGCACCAACAGCAGCCCCCUCUCCUUCCAUCACCUCCGGCUCCAUCUAGUAGUAUUAAUAAAUUAAGUGAAAAUCCAAAUAUUCGAUCACAAAUCCCAACUUUGUCUCCAACAUCACAAGCAUCUAACAACUUGACCUCAUCAUUAAUGAACUCCAACUUGAACAUGAUGACUAGUCAGCCUGCUCAACCAAUGUUAACUUCACCAAAUUUCACCCUUGGAGUAAACUCGACAGCAGGAAAUUCAUCUUUUGGUUUAGGCCUCAUGAAUAAUAUAAAUAACAGUAGCAUGACCUACGGAGUAAGAUCAGGGGGUGCAACAGCAUUGCCUUCAAGUGGAAGUAUGUUACAGCCCAACAGUGGAAUAAAUUCUUGGGCAAAUCAAGCUCCGUCUCAAAGUGCACGAAUGCAAACGCCUAACUUUUCUGCACUUGACAAUUUACUUCCUUCACAACCCAAAUUAGGGAGUAUGAACCAAAUAACAUAUAAUACUGCAAUGAACCCAAUAGGCCAUCCAAGAGUAGCAUCAUCUGUGAAUACCUUUGGUUCUAUGAUGUCUCCCAUGCAGCCUCUCACUACUUCAUCUUACUCAGCUGCUUCACAACCUGGAGUUAAGCCAUUAAGUUCUUCAGAUAUUAAUGAUUUUCUUAGCUGAAGUCUGAAUUGACAUCAUUUUUACUCUAAAUUUUAAUAAAUAAGUUUUUUUAUUGUGA